UGGUGGAACAACAGCACAAAAGCCAGAGACCCCCAAAGAGUAGUAGUAGUAGUAGUAGUAGGGGCUUGUAUGUGAAGAUGAACCUCUUUCAUCACAAACAUGGCUACAACUACAACAAGCUCAAUCAGCAUUAUCAACAGCAACAACAAGAUAGAAACUGCUUCUGCACAUACUACAAAUGGCUUCUAUGGCUCUCUCUCUCCCUCUACUUCUUCACCUCUUUUCUCAUCACCAAUAACAACAACACCACCGCCCAAAAAACAGAACCAACCGAGAACUUAGUUAAAUCCCAUGUUGUACCUCGUACACUGUUAGAAUCCAGCAACAUUGCAAGCAAACUGAAGAAUAUGAAGGUGUUCAUCUACGAGCUCCCAUCAAAGUACAACACAGAUUGGUUAACCAACGAGAGGUGCAGCACUCACUUGUUUGCGUCCGAAGUCGCCAUUCACAGAGCACUCUUGACCAGCGACCUUCGAACCUUUGACCCCAACCAAGCUGACUUCUUCUUCGUCCCAGUCUACGUCUCCUGCAACUUCAGCACCGUCAAUGGCUUCCCUUCAAUCUCACACGCCCGCAACCUCAUUUCCUCCGCGGUGCAACUCAUCUCCACACACCACCCUUUCUGGAACCGCACCUCCGGAUCCGACCACGUCUUCGUCGCUUCCCAUGAUUUUGGCGCUUGUUUCCACAACCUCGAAGAUGUGGCGAUGCAGCAUGGAAUACCGGAAACAAUGAAGAACUCAAUAGUGUUGCAGACGUUCGGCGUUGAGUACCAGCACCCGUGCCAACAAGUUGAGAAUGUAGUCAUACCGCCAUACGUGUCGCCGGAAAGUGUACGGAAGACUCUUGCUAAGAAUUCUCCGGCGAACGGACGCAGAGACAUUUUUGCGUUCUUCCGUGGGAAAAUGGAGGUUCAUCCUAAGAACAUAAGCGGAAGGUUUUACAGCAAGAGAGUGAGGACGGUGAUAUGGCGUAAAUUCAGCGGUGACCGGAGAUUUUACCUCAAGAGGCAUAGGUUUGCCGGUUACCAGUCAGAGAUAGCGAGGUCUGUUUUCUGUUUGUGUCCACUUGGGUGGGCCCCAUGGAGUCCCAGACUGGUUGAGUCUGUUUUAUUGGGAUGCGUGCCGGUAAUUAUCUCAGACGGUAUUCGGUUACCGUUUUCGUCUGCCGUGAGGUGGCCGGAUAUUUCCGUUAGGGUGGCGGAGAGGGACGUCGGGAAGCUUGGGAGGAUCCUUGAGCGCGUGGCAGCGACGAACCUCACGGCGAUUCAGAGGAACCUGUGGGACCCGAGAACGAGGCGGGCCCUGAUGUUCAAUGAGGAGGUGCAGGAAGGGGAUGCCACGUGGCACACUCUGGUUAGUCUGAGUGAGAAGCUUGGUAGGUCUUACGGUAGGUCUACGGUUUCCGGCGAAUUGGAGAGUGACACGUAAGGCUUUCGGGUUAAAGUUCUUCCCAGCUUGGAAUUGCUGGCUGCUGGCUGCAUAUGAUGAUGGAUGACAGCUAUUCGAUUUUGAAUUCGGUCUCUGGCUAUGUGUCAGUGGGGACCACACCACACAGAGGGUAGAUGGAUGGAUAUUAACUAUGGAGUAGGCGAGUAGCGACUUUUGGUCCAGCUCGUUAAUGCUAACGUGGAGGGUUUAUUAUUCUUUAUGACAUGGCAAAGCAACCAUUGCUAUAUAAUUAUUAUUUUCCGAUGUAAAUAAACCAUACUAAUUAUUAAAUGAAUUCAUAUAUAAAUAUUUUUUGGUGUUGGGACUGAGAAGUGAUGAAUUGUCAGAAGUUGAAAUGUGUACGUCUGUUGUUAUUUGGAUUGAGGCAGUGAAUAAGUGUGGUCACGGGUAAGGUGAGGAAUGGACGUGAAAUUUAAUUGAGGGAGAAAGAAUCCAACGGUGGCAUUGGAGUGUAGUUUUAUGAGUGAAUGAAUGCUUAAUGUCAGCAUUCAAAAAUAGGUAGGUAGCUAAAGCUUAAAAGCUAGCUGGCCACUCUGUAAUGGAAUGUAAUUUUCAUUGUCUUUUUCUCUCUGUUUGUUCUUGUACCAAAAUGCUUUUUUGUACCAACUCCCAAUAACU